UUUUAGUAAGAUUUUGUCCCGUUUUUUGUCUUGUUUUACAUUAGCUUGGCUGUACUACACAUCAUGCCUCGAUAUACUUCAUUAAUACAUUAAAUAAAUUAUGUCAAAUACACUACUUUUUCAAAUGUAACAGACGUACUGCAUUAAGUGGAUCUGCACUACAUAUUUACACAUGAGAUCGGUAUCGCCGAUAUCAGCCUGAAAAUUACCCAGUAUCGGAACGGAAAGCGACAGAAAAGGAGAACUACACCCUACGUCACCGGUGACGUAGCACGUCAAUACGUCGUCCAAAUUUGCGCGGGUUCGCUGUGGGCAUGGAUUACCUUGUACGGUCGCUUGAGAGAUCACCGAAUUACCAGUAAAUAAGAGCGGACUUAAAAACGAACAGAUGUCCAAGCGUGCGGCGUUUGUUGAAGCCGCCACUAAAGACAAUGUGGAGGACUUCCUUCAGUUCAUCAAGCGUCAUAAGGACAAAGCAGACACUUUCGAUGUGGAAGAGGUCGUGCAGGAGAUGUCCAGGGAUCAGAGAGAGUCUCUGUGGAGGAAACUGGCCUCCCUUCUUCAGGACGUCCUGUUGGAGGUCCCCCCUGAGCACUGGGAGGAGGAUGGCAGGGACGCGGACCCUAAACAUGUCAAGGAUGUCGUGAAUGGCGUUACGCUCGUGGCCAGCGUGUCAGUCAAGGUCCUGCAAGAUGGCGACGCCUACAACGGCCUUCUUGAUGUCGCCCGCCGGCUUCACAAUGUUUUGCUGUCGCUUCCGGUGUCGGGGGCCCACGUGCUGCUCCACAUUCACAUGCUGUGCGAGGCCUGGUGGAAAAAAGACCUACAGGACAAGGAGAAGUUUGGCCACACCGCCUUCAUCAUCUCUCUGCAGAAGAGCUUAGUUUUGGAAAAAGUGACUUCUGAAAUCCAAAGAAUCUGGAACCUCCACAAGGUGCUGUUUGAUGUGGACUACGCCUCCAGCAAGGAGCUCAUCGACCAGCUCCUGCAGUGCUUCUACCACCCAACCUUCAUCAGAAACAACGAUGGCAAGCGCUUCCUGGUGUUUCUCUUCAGCUGGAACAUCAACUUCAUCAGUCUCAUUCACAAAACCAUCAAAAAUAAUCUGGAGUUCUUCAGCAAGAGCACAGUGUCACACAUCACGGAGAUCUACUUCAGAGCCUGGAAGAAGGCCAGCGGAGACUUCCUGAAGAAGAUUGAGAAUGCAUGCAUACAAGAUUUCAUGCAGUGUGCCAUCCUGCUGCACAGAUCCUCACCUGUCCACACCAAAGUCAGACAGAUUUUGAGCUACUUCCACACCAGAAAAACCUGCCACAGAGUGGACAAGAUGCUCAGUGACUUGUACAAGCCCAUCCUUUGGAAAGCCCUCUAUGCUCCUAACUUUGAAGUCCGUGCCAACGCCACUUUGCUUUUCACCUCGGCGUUCCCCAUCCACAACCCCGAUCAAGACAACGAAAAAAUCGAUGAGGCCGUUCAAAAGCAGCUGGACACAGUGAUGGGUCUCCUUUGUGACCCUCACCCUACCGUGCGCUCCAACGCCAUCCUGGGCGUUUGUAAGAUUCUCGCCAAGUGCUGGGAGCUGCUGCCGCCGGCCAUCGUCGCAGACUUUGUGAAGAAGCUGUUGACAGAGCUGGCAUCGGACAUCAGCUCCCCCGAUGUCCGUUGCUCCGUCUUUAAGUCUCUCAGCAUCGUCUUGGACAACACGCUCAGCCAUCCUCUGCUGGAAAAGCUGCUGCCCACACUCAAAUAUAGCCUCCAUGACAAGUCGGAGACUGUUCGCAUAGCAUUCCUCGACAUGCUCAUCCAUGUCAAAGCAGUGCGGGCAGCCAAGUUCUGGGACGUGUGCAACAUGGAACACCUGCUGGCUCGCCUGGCUUUGGACUCCCAGUCCGUUUCCAAGCGUGUUACCGAGCUGCUGUUCAAGUCCUUCUUCCCCGUCGACGAUUCGGAACGGGAGUGGUGCAGCAGGUGCAUGACCCUCAUCCAGAUGAAACCCAUGGCAGCCCGAAGAUUCUACCAGUACGCCUACAUGCACACCGACCCCACUAACAUAGUAAAAUUGAUGCUAGCCAUCCGCCGCAUCCUGAACACCUGCAUCCCGAGUGACGGCAGCAACAUCAAUGACAGCAACAAGGAAAACAGUAUCGCUGAGACUGGACCUCUGGCCAAGGACAUGGUGGCCAGUCUGCUGGAGGUGGUGGCCAUCCUGUGGAGGAGCAUCAACAACGUCCUGAAACGCAACAAGGAGGCUCAAACCUUUGUGUACACCAAGUUUGGUGGCAUCAUGAGCAAGUACUUUAGCACCUUUGAGGAUGAGCGGUGCACAGCUCCUCUUGUGCAGAUGGCCUCCCUCCUGCCCCCCAAUGUGGUACCAACAUUCAGUUGCGGUGUGCUGUCCCGGCUGAGGAAGAUGGACUCUGGAGCCACGCCCUUGCAGUACGGCAUGCUGCUGGACUGCAUGUGCAUUUGGGGCCAAGCUGCAAGCAUCUUGGGACUCAUCACUGACUGGCUGGCGGAAGCCCUUCCCAAGAAACAAGGGGGAAGACACAUCAGUCAGAAGGUGCAGUUCCAGGAGACCAUGGAGGCCAGACCAGACAUGGCGCUGGUUUACUUGGAGUACCUGCUGAUCCACUCAUCCACAAGGGAAAAAGUCCUGGCUCUGAGUCAGGGUCCACUUCCUGAGCUCCAUGCAGUUCUAGGCAGGUGGCAGAUGCUGCUGUACUCUCACCUCAGUUCUACCUCUGAAGGUGCACACGCCUCCAGUGUGGCCCUGAAAGCCUUCACCUGUCACUGCCGCCUCAGCGUGCACCUGCAACAUGGCCUGUCAGACGGCCGCGAGUACCUGCAGUCUUUGGCGAACACGGCAGCGUGGGUGGCUGAGAGGGUGCUGCCCUUCCUGGCCAAAGGUCACCGAGAAGACGCUGAUGACGAUGCAGAAACGGCAACACAAUUAGCGUUGGAGAUAACUGAGAACUUCCUGUUGGUGUGCAAAGACGUGGUGCUGGUGGGUUUGGCUGAUGACACCCUCAGGGGUGAAAUCCUGCACCUGUGCUCGUUGGUCCUGCUCUCAGAUACAGGUUACUGGUGUAUUCCAGUGGUGCUGCAGAUUUUAAAGGAGGUGACGGACAGCUUGGUCCUCCAAGACAACAGACAUGCAGACGGAGAUAUGGAGGAUGCUGCCACCGUGUGUCUGAGCUUGGUAGCAAACAUAUUCCAGAAGAUCAUAGAACUCUUGGCUCGCAGACUCAAGGCAGAGCCGGAGGACGGCAAACAGUUGUGUCAAUCAGCUGUGCCUGGGAUGACAGACUUCCUGCAGGUGGCUCAAAGCUGCACAUCGGCCCCCCUCAGUGGGGUCUUCUCCACCCUUUUCGCCAUCAUCAUUGUGGAAACCAGACACGCCCUCCAGAAGAUCACAAACCCAGAAGAGGUCAUGACCCCGCAGAGGGUGGAGGACAUGCCACCUCUAUCUGCUGUCCUGCUCUCCGUCGUCCUAAAAUCAGCAGCAGUCACCAGGGCGUUUUUGACCGAGGUGGUCUCCUCUUUGGACAUGGAGGCCUUCAGCAGUCAAAGCGAGCUGGUGGCCGUCGUUCACAUCCUGGCGGUGCUCAGAGGCGCGGGACAGCCCAAGGCGUGCUUGAAGAGCGCGGCCAUGCAUGUGCAGCAGCAGCUUCCUGUGCACGCUGAAGGCGGUGACAUCCAAAGGCUCAUUCAUGAAGCUGCUGCAAAGACGCUGGAUGAAAUCCUGGAUCUCCAACAAACAACUUUUUAGACAUAAUUUGUUUUGACAUUUGUUUUCAUAGCUUAUUUCAACACAAACAAACUUAAUAAUGUUUUGCCAGUUCCCCAACACAGUUUGCAUGAAAACAAAAAUGAUUUUAUUCAUGUACAUCUUGUAUUUCAGGAUGCAUUUUCAUACUAACUUUCAUCAUAGAGCUAGUUAGACCAAGCUAUUUUAUUUAUACAACAUUGCUAUAAAUCAGGGUUGUCCAAACUGUGGCUCCGGGGGCCAUUUGCGGCCCAUAGCUGUUUUAAAAACACAAUCAAUCAAGGAAAUGAACACAAACAAGAAAAAGAGCAUUUUUUUCAAGAAUUAAGUAUAAUGUAAUUUUAUUAUAAUUGUAACAUCACAACAAGAUAUUAAGAUUUUAUUUUAACAUAAUACUAUGAGGGACAUUUUUUUGGCAAUAUUAUUAACAAAACAAAGAAUAAAGUUGAGAUAAAAGUCAAAGUAUGGGAAGGUAUGAAAUAUUUGUUAAAUUGGAAAACAGCAAAAAAUUCAGAAUGAGCAGUACAAUAAAAGUAAAAAUACACUUUAAUCAGAUGCAGGCAAUUAUAACUUGGAAUAUAUAUAACUUGUUAGCAUAUCUACAUGAGCUUGUAUCCUUUGACAAGUUUUUGGUAUGGGGGCCUUCCUGGCAAAUGUUCGGACACCCCAGCCGUAAAUGGAGGCAGGAUGUCUGAAUUGAACACAUAUAAACAACUGUACAUUUUUGAUUCUAAAAGUAUGGAACAUUACCAAUAUUCAUGUUUUCAAGACUUACC